CCGGCGUCCCGCCCCCACGGGCUCCCUGCGGUUCCUUCCCGCCACUGUCCGCUGCUGCCAGUCCCCAGCCUGUGAGCAAAGCCCACCUGGUCCACUGAGCAGGUGGGAGCAGUGGAGCCCCCAGCCCCUGCCAGGCCAUGGUGGAGCCUGGAGAACAGCUGCCAGAGGAGGUGCUGGCGCUUAUCUUCCGCCAUCUGCCCCUGCGGGGCCGCGCCAAUGCCGCGAGGGUCUGCAAAGCCUGGGCUGCCGCUGCCACCUGCAGCGCUGUGUGGCACGACACAAACAUCAGUUGCGAAUGUGAGCUAGAAGGCAUGCUGCCACCGCAUCUGUUCGCCUGCCUGGACCACAUUCACAAUCUACGGCUGGAAUUUGAGCCGUCGAGGGAGCCGAGCCGCCGGGCGGCCACAGAUUUGCUGACCGCACUGGCGGGCCGUACCCCUGGGCUGCGAGGCCUGUGCCUGGAGUGCCGCGGAGAAAAGCCUCUCUUCGACUCCGGUCGCGACGUCCUGGACUCCUUGCACGCCCUCUGUGGGGCCGCCGGCGCACUGCGCCACCUUGACCUGCGGGGAUUGCCCUUCACACUGGACGAUGCGCUGGUGCUGCAGGUGGCACUCGGCUGCCCCGAGCUCCGCAGUCUUUUCCUGGAUAACGGUACGCUGGUGGGCAGCGUGGGGCCCGGCUCGGUGCUGGAGCUACUAGAGGCAUGCCCGCGCCUGCGCGCCCUCGGCCUGCACCUGGCCAGCCUGUCGCGUACCGCGCUCGAGGCACUGGCGGCGCCAGACCGCUCGCCUUUUGAGUUCCUGGCCCUGCGGUGCGCGUGCCCCGAAGAUGCACGCGCGCCCCCCCUGCCUAAUGAUGCCUGGGCGGCGCUGAGCCGCCGCCACCCUGGACUGGCCGUAGAGCUGGAGCUGGAGCCCGCGCUGCCUGGGGAAAGCGUGACGCGCGUUCUGCAGCCUGCCGUGCCAGUGGCUGCGCUGCGCCUCAGCCUCUCUGGGGACACCGUAGGCCCCGUGCGCUUCGCAGCGCACCACUACGCCGCAACUUUGCGCGCGCUCGAGGUGCGCGCCACGUCCUCGGCAGAGCUGGACACCGCGCUGGAGGAGUUGGCGGCGCGCUGCGCGGAGCUGCGCGAAGUGCACUGCUUUUGCGUAGUUAGAGCCUCAGUGCUGCACUCCUUCCGCGCGCACUGCCCACACCUGCGCAGCUACACGCUGAAACUAACGCGGGAGCCACAUCCCUGGCGGCCCACGCUUGUGGCGUAAUGGGACAAAUCCUCUUUCACCUCCUUGCGGACAUGUGGCCUCUGAGAUGUUCCGUGGGUUUACCCAGGGGCGCGCCAGCUGCUAGCCCGCUUCUUUAGAACUCUGUUGCCUUUUGUGCCUCUUGAGGAUUGGGGCCUACGGGAUGGCGUCGGGACUAGCUCCGAGCGCCCUGAGUCCACUCGCUCUCAAUAUCUUCAGACACCUACUGUCCCCACCCUUCCAGGAUCACCCUCCUCCAACCCCACUCUGCAAAGUUUGCGCUAGCUCGGCGGCCCCAGCAUAGGGGAAGGGAGGGCACUGGUGCAAGCUGUGCCUUAAGGGUGAGUGUGAAAUAAAUAAAUCAAGCAGAAUCUCAA